CGCCCACCGCCCCCACCGCACUUGGCCUCGCCAAACUUUCCCCUCGGCCUCCGCCCAGUCCCGCACUUCCACCACCGCACCUCGCAGAUGCCCCAGUAGGCUCCAAAAAUCCAAAGCCGUCCCUUCCCAACCCUCCCUUCGAUCCCUGGGGCGGCGGCCGGGACCAUGACGACCGGAUCCAACGGCGACGGAGGCGGCGCGGGGUCCUGGUACCCGCAGCGCCGCCCGCACUACGGGUACGGCGGGGGGUCCGCCUCCUUCCGCGGCUGCUGCUGCUGCCUCUUCCUGCUGCUCACCUUCCUGGCGCUCCUCGCUCUGGCCGUCGCGCUCGUCGUCGUGCUCGUGGUGAAGCCCCGCAAACCGCAGUUCGACCUCAACCAGGUGUCCGUGCAGUACCUCCUGGUGGCCUCGCCGACGACGUCCCCGGCCGGCGUGCCCCCCGGCGCCGCCUACCUCUCCCUCAACAUCACGCUGCUCUUCACCGCCGAGAACCCCAACAAGGUGGGCAUCCGGUACGGCGCCACGGCGUUCGACGUCAUGUACCACGGGGUGCCGCUCGGGGUGGCGGCGGUGCCCGGGUUCGAGCAGCCCGCGCACAGCACCCGCCUGCUCCAGACCCGCGUCAUUGUCGACCGCUUCAACGUGCUCCAGACCGACGCGCAGGACCUCAUCCGCGACGCCGCGAUCAACGACCGCGUCGAGCUCCGCAUCACCGGCGACGUCGGCGCCAAGAUCCUCGUGCUCGGGUUCUCCUCCCCGAGAGUGCAGGUGUCGGUGGAUUGCACGAUCGCCAUCAGCCCGAGGAGCCAGUCGCUGAAAUACAAGCAGUGCGGCGUGGACGGGCUAAGCGUGUAGGAAGCCGUCAAGCCGCCGCCGCCGCCGCCGCCGCCGCAGAAGCUGUAGUCCGGUGGAGAUGGUUAGAGUGGGUGGAUCUGUGCGUCGAUUCUAAUUUCCCUAAUCUGUGGGGUUUGGUUUCGUCAUGUGCAUUAGGUGGUAAAUUUUGCGCUCUUACUUUAGGAGGAGGCCGCUGGUUUUGUGAAUUAUUGCUGCUUGCAAUCAGUAGUUAUCAGUGUGACCAUGGUUAUACGUUCAUCGAUCGCCAUGGGUAAUUGCUUACGAGCUAAGGGAAGUGGUGGGCAAAGAUGUGAUUAUGUGAUGGGGGCGAAGAGGCGAUCAGAAUCCCGUCGCUUUUGCUGCUCUCCUCCUCAUCCUCCGGUUCUUGUUUCGUUUCGUUUCGUUUCGGAGUUGGUGGGUCUGCGCUGUCUGCGGUUCCUUUUUCUGCUAAUCUGGUUCAACUUCAACCAUUUGCGGUAGUGGAGCGGCCGAGCGGGCACGGGCUUGCGAGAUUGGGAGGGGGAGACCGAGGGAGAAGUUAGGCCGGGAAGACUGAAGAGUGUGGGUGGCCUUGUGCGGUCAAACCGUCAAGUUUUACGACUCCAUGAUGGGUCAAAUUUGUGUAACUGCCGAUUUGUAUGUAGAUCGUGCCGUGACCUGUGUCGUCUACGUGUCUCCUAAGUCAGACCAGAUAGUUGAUGUAUAAAAAUCUCAGUUCGCACAUGGCGUGGUCAGUUUUGUUUGAUCCUGGAUUCUGGUGAAUUCACAAGGGAGUGAGAGACUGCCAUCAGGUUUAUUGGUUCCCAUGUAUUGCUACAUAUAUGCUUGUACAAUACAAAUUGUCAAAUUGAUGCUGGAUUUC